ACAUGAGGUUAAAUGAAUGACUUGACUGUCUUUUUUCAGUGACCCGCACAUUAACUGUCAGCCUGUUCGUAAGUGACAGACAGCAUUCUUCACCCACACAAACCUCAGCAAUUUCUUAAAGGAAGCCAUCUGGCUCACAGCUCAACUUGACAUCAAUGGGAAUUUUAUUUGAAGAAACCGAAUUCAGUGGAAGAUGCAUGUUCUGCCUAUAAAAAGCAAAUCCAUGAUCAGCUAACAUUGAUUCCACAAAGACAAAUGAAGAGACAGAGCGGUGCUUCAAGUACAUUCUGUUGUGUGAAUCCCCACCACUUCCUGUAAAGACCAACAUCCCUACUUGCUUCUCAAGAGUGCACUUCUCUUAACAGAGUUGUUGUAAAAUGAAAAAGAAGUAUAUGAAAUUACUCAUCGUAGCAAUAGCUAGCAGCUUUUGCCUUGUCAUUUUCUUUUCCAAACUAAAAGAUGUGGAACACGAACAAAAAGACUUGGCCAAGAUCACUUCAGUUCCAGAUACCACACCUAGAAAUCCUACAACUGUAGUUGUCAGCAGUAUCAAAAAGAAAACCUAUAGUGUUGCGCCGUAUGAACUUCCACCCCUUACAAUUUCUGAGACUUUCAGAAAAGGCAUUCCCAAAAACGGUGCUUUCUGGAACCGGAAGCUUCAUUCUCUCCUCAGGCAGUUUGAUUCCACUGACAAUCAAACGCAGAAAGGCCCACUUGACAAGUUCAACUGUCAGCCUGAGAGUUUUGAGUUGCUACAAACCAACAUUCAAGAUGUUCAUUCGUACCCUCCACUUUAUGGGGACUUCCUUAGAGGCAUGCAGUGUCGAGACCCACCACUUCUUAUAGAUCAGCCUGACAAGUGCGCGUCAGAGAACAGAGAGGAUCAAAUUUUCCUCCUUUUUGCGAUCAAAUCCAUCCCGAGGAACUUCGAGAGGCGCCAAGCAGUUCGAGAGACCUGGGGAAGAGAAGGCUUGUAUGAAAAUGGACUUCAAGUACGAACUGUCUUUCUGCUAGGCCGAUCAUCUGCGGAUGAUCCCAAGCUCGACAAACUGGUUUCAUUUGAAGCUCAGCAGUUUCAAGAUCUUCUUGUCUGGGAUUUUCAUGACUCCUUUUACAACCUGACUCUAAAGGAGCAUGUGUUCUUCAAGUGGAUGCUUGAUAACUGUCCUCAUGUGUCUUUCAUUUUUAAGGGUGACGAUGAUGUUUUUGCUAACACUCAAGCGAUACUGAAUCAUCUGAAGUCUCUGGAGCCUGAACAGGCCACGGCAUUGUACACCGGGCAGAUAAUUUCUGCUGCCAACCCGUUACGGGACCCUAAAAUCAAAUAUUAUGUUCCUCAGUCAUUCUAUGAAGGUCCUUACCCUCCUUAUGCUGGUGGCGGUGGAUUCCUCUUUUCUGGAAACCUUCUUCCAUCUCUUUACCACGUUUCCUUUUACAUACCCUUCUUCCCUAUUGAUGACGUCUACAACGGGAUGUGCUUCAAGGCACUUGGAAUCACUGCAACGAAACACGAGGGUUUCAAGACCUUUGACAUUCGGGAACAAGAUCGAGAGAACCCCUGUGUACACAAAGACCUGCUCCUGGUGCACCAACGUGACCCUGGGCAGACUAUGAGACUGUGGAGAAAUAUGCACAGCACCAUGCUGACCUGCUGAUAUUUGUAAACUAUUAAAUGCCAU